AUAUAUAUUAUUUAAGAUUAUCAUUGAGUUCUAUUUUUUAGUGUAGAUUUUGGAGAGAGACCCUGAAUCAGAAACACUUCAACACAAGAAGAAGAAGAAGAAAAGCUAAUAGCUUUCAAAGAUUGUUGCUUUCUUUCUUUUUUUGACUGUUUGUUGGAUUCGAGGAGUAAAGCUGGGAUUUUCAGUUUGGGGUUGAAAAAAAUGAAGGAGAAAAGUGAGAGUGGUGGAGCAGGGUAUGUAAGAGCAGAUCAAAUAGAUCUGAAGAGCUUAGAUGAGCAACUUCAAAGACAUCUUAGUAGAGCAUGGACGAUGGAGAAGAACAAGAACAGGAAAGACGAGGGAGACGAAGGAGGUGCAGCAGCUGCUGCUGGUGGCGGCGGCGGAGCACAGCUGAGGUCAAGCAACACUGUAAGAAGACAAGAGUGGGAGAUUGAUCCUUCUAAGCUUAUCAUCAAGAGUGUUAUAGGCCGUGGCACUUUUGGCACUGUUCAUCGUGGUGUUUAUGAUGGCCAAGAUAUUGCUGUUAAACUUCUUGACUGGGGAGAAGAGGGCCACAGAUCCGAGGCCGAACUAUCUUCACUUCGAGCAGCUUUUACACAAGAAGUUGCAGUGUGGCAUAAGCUUGAUCAUCCUAAUGUAACAAAGUUUAUAGGGGCAACAAUGGGGUCGUCGGAGCUGAGCAUACAAACGGAAAACGGUCACAUCAGUAUGCCGAGUAAUGUUUGUUGUGUUAUUGUUGAAUAUUGUCCUGGGGGUGCUCUGAAAUCCUACCUGAUAAAGAAUCGGAGAAGAAAGUUGGCUUUUAAAGUAGUUAUUCAACUGGCACUAGAUCUUGCACGAGGGUUGAGCUAUCUUCACUCCAAAAAGAUUGUCCAUAGAGACGUCAAAACCGAAAACAUGCUUUUGGACAAGACGCGUACGGUCAAAAUAGCUGAUUUCGGGGUUGCUCGACUCGAGGCUUCAAAUCCUAAUGACAUGACUGGAGAGACCGGAACUCUUGGUUAUAUGGCACCGGAGGUCCUUAAUGGCAAUCCCUACAAUAGGAAGUGCGAUGUGUAUAGUUUCGGUAUCUGCUUGUGGGAGAUAUAUUGCUGUGACAUGCCGUAUCCCGAUCUCAGCUUCUCAGAGGUGACAUCGGCUGUAGUCCGCCAGAAUCUGAGGCCGGAGAUACCUCGUUGCUGUCCGAGUUCUCUUGCAAAUGUAAUGAAGCGAUGCUGGGAUGCGAACCCUGACAAACGACCGGAGAUGGAUGAAGUGGUGUCGAUGUUGGAGGCCAUCGACACAUCAAAAGGUGGGGGCAUGAUCCCGCACGAUCAACCUCAGGGUUGUUUGUGUUUCCGAAGAUAUCGAGGACCUUGAUAUCGAUACCACGUUGAGUUUAACAUGGCUUUUAGAGGCAAGUAAUGGUCCAAUUUAUUCAUAUUUCAUUGAAUUGGAAAGAUAUCGAUGUAAAAGAGAUGAAAGUAGAAAGUUGUAUCUGUGCUAUCCGAACAUGCAUUUUGUACAGAUGCCAUGUUUCCUCCUUUGAUUCAGAAUACUGUGAAUCUGAUUUGGUCCAA